AUGCAGGCCAACGACGCGCACAUGCAACAGUUCCUCGAGGAGGAAAAGCGCAAGGCGGUGUUCAACGAGGUCGUCGCGAAGCUCACGGAGACGUGCUUCGAGAAGUGCGUGACGUACGCGCCGGGCGCGAAGUUUUCGUCGAGCGAGUCGAGCUGCCUGACGAACUGCGCGCUGCGGUACCUGGAGAGCGGGCAAGUCGUGCUCGGGAGGCUGCAAAACAUGGGAGGGUCGUAG